AUGGCGGCCGCGGCGCCCGAGGCCUGGCCCGAGCUGGAGCUGGCGGAGCGGGAGCGGCGGCGGGAGCUGCUCCUGACGGGGCCCGCGCUGGAGGAGCGGGUGCGGGCGGCGGGCGGGCGCCUGCCGCCGCGGCUCUUCACGCUGCCGCUCCUGCACUACCUGGAGGUGAGCGGCUGCGGCAGCCUGCGCGAGCCGGGCCCGGGCCUGGCGCGGGGCCUCCCGCGGCUGCAGAGCCUGGUGCUGCGGCGCAACGCGCUGGGGCCCGGCCUGAGCCCCGAGCUGGGGCCGCUGCCCGCGCUGCGCGUGCUCGACCUGUCGGGCAACGCGCUGGAGGAGCUGCCGCCGGGCCGCGCUGGCCCCGCCGAGCCGCCGGGCCUCCCGCAGCUGCAGAGCCUCAACCUCAGCGGCAACCGGCUGCGCGAGCUGCCCGCCGACCUGGCGCGCUGCGCCCCGCGCCUGCAGACGCUCAACCUCACCGGCAACCGGCUGCACGCCUUCCCGGCCGCGCUCUUCGGGCCCGGCGCCCUGCCCCUGCUCAGCGAGCUGGCGGCGGCCGACAACUGCCUCCGGGAGCUCAGCCCCGACAUCGCCCACCUGCCCUCGCUCAAGAUGCUGGACCUCGCCAAUAACCAGCUGAGCGAGAUCCCCGCGGAGCUGGCCGACUGUCCCAAGCUCAAGGAGGUCAACUUCCGGGGGAACAGGCUGCGGGACAAGCGCCUGGAGAAGAUGGUGAGCGGCUGCCGGACCAGGCCCUGGAGCCUGCGCGCCGGGGGCCGCAAGCAGCGGCGGGAGCGCAAGAGGCAGGAGAGCGGCGAGGGCGAGGGUGAGGUGGAGGCGGCCGCCAGGCUCCUCCUGCGGGUCCUGCAUGUGGCCGAGAACCGCCCGCUGACCGUCCGCGUGAGCCCCGAGGUCAAGGCGGUCCGGCCAUUCUUCGUGGGCGCUGUCGUGAGGGGCGUGGACCUGCAGGCCGGGAACGCGCUCAAGCGCUUCCUCAGCGCUCAGACGAGGCUGCACGAGGACCUGUGCGAGAGGAGGACGGCGGCCACCAUCGCCACCCACGACCUCGGCGCCGUCCGGAGGCCCCUGCUCUACAGCGCCCGCCCGCCGCGGGACCUCACGAUUGUCCCGCUGGGGCGGAGGGAGGUGCGAGCCCAGGACCUGGUGCGGCAGCUCCAGCUGGAGGCCGAGGAGCACCGCAAGCAGAAGAAGAGGCAGAACGUCUCGGGCCUGCACAGGUACCUCCACUUGCUGGACGGCGAGGAGCUCUUCCCCUGCCUCGUGGACGCAGACGGCGACGUGAUCUCCUUCCCGCCGAUCACCAACAGCGAGAAGACGAAGAUUAAGAAGACAACUUGUGAUUUAUUUUUGGAAGUGACAAGCGCUACGAGCCUGCAAGUGUGUAAAGACGUCAUGGACGCCCUCGUUCUGAAAAUGGUAGAACUCAACGGGCAUACCUUGGGGAGCACAGAGGAAGGCUCGCCCCCAGCCCCCGAGGCAGACGCCACCUCUGCGCAACCUCCGGGGCCGGGGCCCAACCCAGGUGCUGACAGGGAGGGGCCUGCGCCCCUGCUGGUGGAGCAGGUCCGCGUGGAGGACACGGAGGGGCAGCUGAAGGUGGUGUACCCGUCCAGGACCGACCUGGCCGGGGCUGCCCCCCACGUGGCCGUGAUCCGCUGACGAGCCGCCACGGGGCCUCGCCUGUCCCGGGGCCCGGGCCUGACAGAUGCUUGGCGCCUCGGCGUCACUUUCGAGGCACCCUUUGUCUGGCAAGGCGACCCAGGUGCCACCUGUGCCCGCGCAUCUGCCCCCGCCAGCCCGCCCGGCUCCUCAGGAGG